AUGGAUGACGGUAUUAUUGGCGGUGACAACAACGAUGAUGAUAGUGAGCACAGUGCGGAUGAAGAAGCAGACAACGACUCUGACAAUGAAGAGAAUAGAAGUGAUGAAGAUGACACGCUUACGACGAAUACUUCUGCAGAUGGACCUCCAUCUGAUAGCAACCUACGGAAGGUCGCUAGCAAAAUCAUCGACUCAUCAUUUGGCCGACACUUUUCAUCUGAGGCCAUGAAGAUUGGAACCAAGAACGAGUCGUUUAUAUUAGCCCUCUUAUUCAAACAAAAGGGGACGACAACAUCUGAUAGCGACCUACGGAAGGCCGCCCGCAAAACCAUCGGCUCAUCAUUUGGCCGACACUUUUCAUCUGAUGCCAUGAAGAUUGGAACCAAGAACGAGUUGUUUAUAGUAGCCCUCUUAUUCAAACAGAAGGUGAUACAAUCCAUUUUUGAUAUUGGUUUGGUGCGGAUGAAAAUGUGUCCAUGGAUUGAAGUGUCGGCAGAUGGUGUGGCAAUAUUGUGUCCUCCGUCCGCACGACAAUAUACUGUUACGAGUAGCGUGGAGAUCAAAACUGUUGUUGCUCACGGCACAAUCAAUAAGCGCAGCGCGAUUGCACGUAAAUAUGGUGUCUACUUCACAUGCACUGUAUAA